AUGCGGAGAAAGAUGGUGACACAAUGGCGACAGAGAUCAACAACGGAUGGGAGGAGCGCUCCGCCCUUUGUACCGCCUCCGAAAAACCGAAUAAUUGCAACGAACUAUCCGCCGUCAGUUCAACCAAACCGACAGGCACAAUUGAGACGGGAAAA